AUCGAGUUUCAACUUGGGCAUUGGCAGUAGAUUCAAAAAUUCAGUUUGAUCGUGUUUAGUCGUGAGCAUGCGUUGGCAUGUGGAGGGGAUCGUCUCGCGACGCACUAAGUUACGUAUCGUGUCCGUGUGCGCACACGGACACGAAGUGUAGUUGUGUAUAUCACGUGACUAUCCCCUCCCAUCUUACCGCAUGUUGCCGGUGUUUGAAAUGAAUCUGAUACAUUGGUUUAGUCAUGGUCCUCAGAUUCAUGACUUUACGUGUGCAGGCAAAAGAACGUGUAAGUCGCUCGGCAAAUGAAAAACAACGAAGCGGUGAAUUGAAAUCCACAACCUCACGGAACGAUUGUAUGUUGGGUAUUUGAGCAGCGCUGAAUAAUGUCGGACAUUUUUACACAGCGGCGUGAUUCUUCGAAUCGCCAACUCGAAGAAGAAUCCUUUGUCAUCUCGGACAGCGACGAAGAGUUCGUUGAGGAUUCCAUCAAAGGCCUGGAUAAGCUCGCGAUUGUCCUUGAUGAGAGUAAUGAUGAUACCUAUGUAUCAGAAGAUACGACGUCGAGGAAGAGUACUGAUGAUGAUGAUACACCAGUGGUUCGUGUGAAGAAAAACAUGAAUAGACAUAUAAGAAAAUUCAAAAUAUUAGAUUCUGAUGAAAGCAUGGAUGAUGACAACAAAGGAGAAUCUCAUACAACUAAUGACUCGUAUAGUGUUACCAAUACUUCCGACUCAGAUGAAGAUUAUACUGAAGAAACUCAUGACUGGUCCAUCUCAUAUUCGCCUGUUAAGAAGAAUAGUAAGAAAAGAAAAGACAUUAGCCAUGAUACUACAAGGGAAGACAUAAAAGAAUUAAAACACAGCUCUUCUAAUGAAUCCUUAAACUUUCCUGAAGUGCCUUUUGUUGUUAAAGAAUCAGGUGUGAAAAAUAAGACAUCUCAUGACUCACCUAUGAUUAUGCUUGAUUCAGGUUCUGAAUCUGAGGGAAAUGCCGCAGCACUAUCUUUAGCGAACGAAGAGAUUGGUGUUGGAAACAUAGAUCCAUUAGUAGCUCAAAAACGAGCACUUACUGUUUGCAAAGUAGAACAGCUUAAAACUGAAUUAGCCAAGGCCAAACUGUUACUCGUAAAAGGAAACAUUGAAGUAUUGCCCGAUAAGGGAGAAAAAUUACACGAUAGUAUACGCAUGCAAGAAAAAGAAAUCGAAAAAUUGACGCGUGAAUUAGAGAAUAUGCCUUUGGUGCGAAACUUCAAUAUUAAAGAGACUGAGACGACCAAAAAAUCAAUUCGGAAGAAAGAUAAACCAUUAUUCACAAAGAAUGAGCCAUUAUCCAUAAAAGAUGAUCCAUAUUUGGACAUUGAUAACAUACUCAUGCAACCUACUACAUUGCCAGAGUUAAGGAUACUGGGCAAGAAAGCACAAGCAACGAGGGACAAGGAGCUUGCUUUGACGGCCGAACGAUUGGAAGAUUUGCAUGGAUCACUCCUAGCUCGUCCAUCCGAGAGUGAAAGAGCCAAGGAUCCAUGGGGAUUGAAAGUUGAAUUAAUGCCACAUCAACAGCACGCACUGGCAUGGAUCCUCUGGCGAGAACAACAAAGACCAUCCGGUGGCGUUUUAGCUGAUGACAUGGGCCUAGGUAAAACACUUACCAUGAUAUCUUUAAUUAUGACUACUCUUGCCGAGAAGGAUUUCGAACGACAUAGUGACGACGAAUGGCACAGCGAGCGUAGACCUUCAUAUCCCAAAGGUGAUACCCUUGUAGUAUGCCCCGCAUCAUUAUUGUCACAAUGGGAAGGUGAAGUGCAGAAUAGGUGCAAACGCGGUCUGUUGUCCGUCAUGGUGUAUCACGGCAGUAAUCGUGAACACGUUCCCAAACGCCUAGCAAGUUAUGACAUAGUUCUCACAACAUAUAAUAUAUUAAGUAGGGAACACAAGGCCAAUUCUACGUUAUUCAAGAUUAACUGGAAGAGAGUGAUCCUUGAUGAAGCUCAUGUGAUAAAAAAUCACAAGAGUCAGGCGUCUGAAGCAGCCUGCGCACUCGUAGCCAGUAAACGGUGGGCUCUUACUGGGACACCGAUACAGAACAAGGAAUUGGAUCUUUAUUCCAUCUUAAAGUUCCUGAAGUGCUCGCCGUUCGACGAUCUACGCGUUUGGAGGCGUUGGGUAGAUAACAAGAACUCUGCGGGUCAUCAAAGACUAGCAACGGUGAUGAAAACCUUAAUGUUGCGAAGAACCAAGCAAGAACUGAUGGCGAAAGGUGAUUUGGAGAACUUGCCCGACAAGAGCAUCGAGGAGGUGACGGUAAAACUGGAUCCGCAAGAACAGCUAGUGUACGAGAAGAUCUUAAUUUAUUCUCGUACGCUGUUCGCACAAUUCUUAGCGCAAAGAGCGGAAAAGAAUCACAUGAUGGAUCUGUAUAGAGGAAAAUACGACAAGCCAACGUUCCUCUCAAAUCCAAAUAAACAGACACAGUUUACGAAAGCUCAGAACAAACUGCUUGCAAUGCACGCUGACGUAAAAGCUCACGAGAUCUUGGUACUUUUGUUACGAUUACGUCAAGUGUGCUGCCAUCCGGCAAUGAUUCAUGCAAUGCUGGAUCAGGAGGAUGUAAAAGAAAGCGGUAUAAUGGACAUGGAAAAUAUGGAUCCUGAUCUAAUGGCACGGCUAAAUAAUAUGUCAAUCAAUGGUAUAGAAAAUUCCGAAGAAGACGUCGGUAUCGAUCGAAGAAUAACCCAGAACCUGCUCACUGCUGAGAAUCCCGUCUUUGAUGAUGAUCGUGUUAGUUCUAAAAUGGGGGUGCUACUCGACAUGGUAAAAGAGAUAUUGCAAAAAGGUGACGAUAAAAUCAUUAUCGUCUCUCAAUGGGCCACUCUCUUAAACGUUGUAGCAUCGCAUUUGUCUUUAGUGAGAGGCGCUACAUUUAGCAAGUUUGCGGGUAGCGUCGCCAUCAAGGAUAGACAGAGUGUUGUGGAGUCUUUCAAUAAUCCAAAUUCCGAUCCGAGAAUUUUAUUACUCUCUCUUACAGCCGGUGGGGUAGGAUUGAACUUGGUAGGUGCCAAUCAUCUUUUAUUGUUCGACAUCCACUGGAACCCACAGUUGGAGACACAAGCGCAAGACAGAAUUUAUCGUUUUGGCCAGACAAAAAACGUGUAUAUUUACAAAUUUAUUUGCACUAAUACAAUUGAGGAGCGCAUAAAAAGAUUGCAGGAACACAAGAUUCAGAUUGCGCAAAAUGUAUUGAGUGGUAAUGGAAGCAACGUGAGCUCAAAACUUACACUUAAUGAUCUUAAAGAACUUUUCGCUCUCUAAUAAUUUUAUUUGUGAUAAAUAAUAUAAGAAGAAAGUUUUAUUUUAUCUGCGAUAUCUAGAUAAUAUUAGAAUAAAGUAGAUGGAAGACAUCGCGCCGCUGUUUAUAUUAAAUUAGCUUGGACAACAUUAGUUUUUUUAUCUUGAGUGACCAUUGAUCUAAAUUAAUUUUAUUCUAAUAUUAUUUAUAAUAAUAAAUAUAUAAUAAGAUAUAAGUUAAUAUUUCCAGAUGUGUUAUUAUUCAGUCCAAAAUGAGCUUAAAAUCUUGUUCCAGAUAUGUAUUCUUUUUGCAUUAGAGUAUAUUUUGUUAUAAAAACAUUUGAAAUCUUAAGAAUAUAAAAUGUGAAAAUUAUUUUUAAAAUAUACUCUAAUGCAAAAAGAAUAUAUAUCUGAAACUGGAGUUUGAGCUCAUUUUGGACUGAAUAAUAUUAGAUUGUAUGAUGGUUUAUACUUCUAUAUAUGUUUAACGCUAUGUUAUUCUGAGAAAACUUAAUUGUUCUAAUUAAUAAAUUAAGACAGAAG